AUGAAGGGCAAACAGAAACACUCUUACAGUUGUCCCUCUAACUGUAGACCAGCUUUAGGGAGUAGUCUCAUCACAUUUUCGGCCUCAGCUGAUCUGCUGACUGACUGAAGGACCUCUGCUGGUUUAUCUAAAGAAAAUCUUCACCUGCUGAUGAAGCUGUGUCCCUGCAGUGUUUUAAACAUCUGGAAGAACCAAAACGGAAUCUGGAUUGCUCUAAAAGUUAAAUGUGAGAGAAACAGCUGGCCCUGAACCUGAAGAAGGUCCGACCCUAAACAGAGCAAAGGUCAUGAAUGAGGCGAACGUCUGGGAUGGGGCGAGGGAUGAAACACCAGCAUCAGAGCCAGGUUUCCCUCACCUCUUCCCUCUGUCCCCCACGACCCCGCUCACUCACCUGGGAACGCUGCAGCCCGGACACGACGCACCGAGGGCCACCGACGGAUGGGACAGGAGACUCGAUCCUGGGUUACAACACUAUCAGCUUCAGGGAGCAACAAGGGAAUUAAAACGUGAAGCUCACGCUGACCAGAACAUCACCAUGCUGCACGCCAAGGUGGCCCAGAAGUCCUACGGCAAUGAGAAAAGGUUCUUCUGUCCUCCUCCAUGUGUUUAUAUCAGCGGUCAUGGAUGGAAAGUCAUGCAGGAUCAUUUAAAAGCUGCUGGUUAUGGAGAUGCUGUGUACAGGAUGUGUGGCUACAUGUGUUUGGACAGUGUCAGUCAGUCUCAGGCAGAUGCAUUCAAGCUGAUCUUUGAUGAACAACCAAACUCAAGGAAGCUGUUUGCUUGUGCCAAGUCCCUCUUCAUCUCCGAUCAGGACAAGAGGAAGCACUUCUGCCUGCUGCUGAGACUUUUUCUGGGUAACAGACAGGAUGUGGGUUCCUUCCAGAGCCGGAUGAUCAAAGUCAUCUCCAAACCCUCCCAGAAGAGACAGUCGAUGAAGAACGCUGACUUGUGUAUAUCAUCCUGCUCCAGAGUGGCUUUGUUCAACCGUUUACGCUCCCAGACGGUCAGCACGCGUUACCUUUCUGUGGACAGAGGAGCUUUCAUAGCCAGCGCCAGACAUUGGACAGCCUUCACCAUAAUCAUGGUGGACGACCACCGCGCCAACCAGGGCGGCUUUGUGCUGAGUGAAGCCUUCAUCUGCUACGGUUCUGUGGUCCAGUUAAUUUGUACUGAGUCAGGAGUAGCUCUGCCACCCAUGGUGAUUCGAAAAGUCAACAAGCAGCACGCCAUCUUAGACGUGGAUGAACCGGUUUCUCAGCUCCAUAAAUGUGCUUUCCAGUUCCGAGACGAUCCCGAUGUGUAUCUGUGUCUUUCAAAUGACACCAUCAUCCAGUACCAAGCUCCAUCCAGCGCCAGGGACUCCAGCAGGGUGGUGCUGAAUGACGGAUCCUGUUGGACCAUCAUUGGUGUGGAAGUGGUGGAAUUCACCUUUAAUCAGGGUUUGGCCCUCAUUCAGUCUCCAGUCAGCCCUUUUCCGGUCAUCUUUGGGUUAGAGGUGAACGGUGGAGGACAUGUCGCCAUGUUGGAGAUCCAUGGAGAAAACUUCAGUCCUCACCUCAAAAUCCUAUUUGGCAACAGCGAAGCUGAGACGAUGUUCAAGUCAUCUAAAUCGCUGCUCUGCGUCAUUCCUGAUGUGUCUGUUUUCAGCGAUAGCUGGCGCUGCCUGCGGCGCGUCAUCACCAUUCCUCUGUCUCUCAUCAGAACGGACGGACUCAUUUACCGUACAUCCUACAGUUUCACCUACACCCCCGAGCUCCACCUGCCUCCACCUGGCCGAGGAGCAGCAGGAGGCAGGGGGAGAGGAACGGAUGCAGGUCAGGGGGACGAUGAGGACGUCCUGUUAGAGACGAUCCACCAGGAGUUUACCAGAGCUAAUUUUCACCUCUUCACUCAGAGUUAACCCAUCUGUCCUCAGAUCACUUUGAUUAUUAAUUCAAUUCAGCUGAAUUCAAUUCAAAAAUACUUUUUUAAUCCCAGAGAGAAAUUGAUUACUGACAUUAAAGGAUUGUGCGGGUUAUUAUUAAAUCUGGUUUUGAUGACAGACUUCAUGACAGUCACAGCUAACAUGAGCAAAAUCCCCAAACUGUAAAUAAUACCUCCUCCUGAAAAGGUCUCCAUGAUUAUUGUAUUUGUUGCAGCAUAUAUUUUGUCAACCUCUAAAAAUGCCAAUUUUUCAAAUCCAACUUGUGACAAAGGGGCACUUUUACAAUUUAAGAUUCUGAAUUAAACCUUUUAUCAAAUUUAA